UGUGUUUUCCUCCCUCAGCUCUACCUGCAGGCUCGUCUCCAGGUUGAAUGGGCGCGGCUGCUCCGACCCACAAUGCAGUUCUUCCUGAUCGCCGCCUCGGUUUUCACCGGCCUAUCGAGGGUGUCGGAUUACAAACAUCACUGGAGCGACGUGUUGACCGGUCUGCUGCAGGGCGCCAUUAUGGCUCUGCUGGUGGUGUUCUGCGUGUCGGACUUCUUCAAGCCUCGCGUGGCCCCCCGUAGAGAGGAGGAUAACCCCCACACCACGCUGCAGGAGACAACCAAUGGAAACCACUGUGAGAGUCCCAACUAAGCAUCACCUCGAGGGGGAGGAGCUUCUGUCCACAACGCACACCCAGGACCCCUUGCCUUUCAUUUCAUGCUCAACCUUUUCUCCGUUACCCUGCAUGGAUUCAAGCUGUGCAUCCCAGAAGAAACGUACGGAAGGUUUUAAGACUUUUUAAAUCACCUGGAAGAAGGAAAGUGCCGACUACCUGCGAAACGUCGUAGAUCGACCAUGUGUUUUAGAGAUAGUGCAAAGACAUGUUUAUCUACUGAGCAGGAAGAAGGAUCCACUGAGGGGAACCUGUGAAUGUACCUGUGCUUUUCACCUGAUUUAAGAGCUUUCUGAUGUACUGUGACCAUUUUUCAGAUACUGAAUAUUGACUUUUUUAUUUAUUUUCGACAUUCUAAAACCAUGACUUUUUUCCUCGACAUUUGACGUUUUUUCAGAUAUUCAAUUUACCAAACAUUGACUUUUUUUCGCAACAUUUGACGUUUUUUCAGAUUUAACACAUUUAGAAAAUAGAUCGACAUUUAUUUUCGACAUACUAAAACCAUGACUUUUUUUCCUCCAUUUGUUCAGAUAUUUACGGAGCCCCUAAAGGGACAUGAAAAAAAUAACAGAGAGAAGAAAAAAAAAAA